AUGGCGCGGUGUUGGUGGGAGAACGCAGUUGAGACGGAAAGACGGGAAACAACAAGCCGGGAAGAAGACAUUUCAUUUGUUUUUGCUACUAAAACAAAUGAACAUCACUUCUUCUUAAUAUUCAAGCGCAUAAAGACCGGCAAAAUGUCUAACGUCACUUUAACGCGUUUCCACACACUCUCCUACGCAUUAACACAAGCACUCUCACGCAUCCACCUACGCACUUCCAUGCAUCCACCCACGCAUUUACAACGUUAUGACAUGAAUUAUUGUCCAUGGCAACGUUCAAAUGCAUCAAUAAGUAAGAAGCAAAACAAUACUGGCUCAACGGCUAAGCGAAGUAAAAAAAUAAACGAUGACGAAGUCGAAAUUUUACUUUUGGAAGUGCAAUCUAGACCACCGUUAUGGAAUUUCGAGCUUCCUCUGGUGCAGCGAAGUAAAGAAAUUGUAUCAGCAUUAUGGCAAGAUUUAAUCGGAGAUGAACAUCGUGGAAGUGUAUCAGAAAGAGUGGAGCAGAGAGAAAAAUGGAAAUUUUACAAAUCAUGUGAAUUUCUGCGGGACAGUUGCCUUAUAAGACCAACGAGUAGCAAUAUGCCAGAUAACGUCGAUGUAGGUGAACAUGAUGAUCAUCGUAAUACUUCAAUGAAUGACAGUGAAAGUGCAGCCGACAAAAGUGAGGAGACAGAUAUUUUGGAUUCAUUGAGUCGAAUUGCUGAUAAAAUCUGUAAUGAAUCUAUAACACCUGCAUUACCUCCCCCACCGAGUAUCGAUGCAAUUGAUAAUUUUAUGAUAGGUAUUGGACAUCAAAUUCGAAAAUUACCUGAAGAAUUUCAUUUUGAGGUUAUGAUGGAGAUAAUGAACUUAGUUUAUAAUAAAGAAAAACAAUUUUACCUUAAAGCCAUUGCAAGCCGUGCUGCUUCCGAAAUAGCGUCUCUAAUAACAUUCUCUUUGGUUAUAAAUGGACUAACCAAGCAUAAUAAUUCGUCAAAUUCAGUUACAGACAUGCGAAAAUAA